UUUCAAAUACUGUGUUGAAUUUGAGUACAAAACAGCACAAGUUUCCGAAGUGUUAUCAAAACUAACCAAUACGCUAGUUAUAUUUCUUUUUACUUUCUCAGUUGAACUUCAAGAAACACUGAGAAGACCAGGCCAGUGCUUGUUCUAAUGGCAAUUUCUACUACAACAGUAUGUGACACUGGAUACUACGGUCCAAAUUGCUCCCUGUCUUGUCGAUACCCAAAUUAUGGAGUUGACUGUCAGAAUGAAUGCAAAUGUGUGCAGGAUCUGUGUAAUCAUAUAUCAGGAUGCGAUUACGACAGGGGAGACCAUGGCUCAAGUGUGGAUAUCCUCAUCGUUGCUUUGACAGUGGGAGGAAUUUUCAUCAUCAUUGGAGCCUUUGUUGUUAUUUCUAUUGCUAACAGGAAGUUUUUCACCAGAUAUGUACGGAAAAACGCCCAUUAUGUUGCAUCUGUGGUGGCAGAAGAAUCUGACAACACAUACAAUAGUCUUGCACAUCAUAGAACGGCCUGCCCAAGCAACGUCACCAUGGGGACCGAUAAUGGAAUAUAUGCGUUAGCGAAUACCAUGAGGUACGAAACUAUCAAUGCACAAUGACAAUCAAAGGGUUCACUUAGUUACCUUGAUAGUAAAUGCCUGCAAUAGCAAAGACGUGUAAUUUUGUAUGACAAAAUAUGUUACUAAGAUUAGACCACAUAUUUCUUUCUGGGUCUUUUUUAUUACUAAAGUGACUGAAGAUUAACAAAGUUCAAUCACAUCUAAUUAAAGUUUGCACAAAGAAGUAAAAUUCCUAUCCGUUUUGGUCAAUACGAAAAAAACAAAACAAUAAUCACCAAAUCAAAUACAGCACAACUCUCGAAUGCAGGUGCUUUGAAAAACUUAAUCUGUAAUUUAGAAUUACAGUCUACUCCACUUAUACUGAAGUCACUUAUAUUGAACUAUCUGUUAUAUUAAAGUCACUUAUAUUGAACUAUCUGUUACAUUGAAGUCACUUAUAUUGAACUAUCUGUUACAUUGGAGUCACUUAUAUUGAACUAUCUGUUACAUUGAAGUUGCUUAUAUUCAACCAUUUCUUAUAUUGAAGUCACUUAUAUUGAACUAUCUGUUAUAUUGAAGUCACUUAUAUUGAGUUACCUGUUACAUUGAAGUCACUUAUAUUGAACUAUCUUUUACAUUGAAAUCACUUAUAUUGAACUAUCUAUUAAAUCGAAGUCACUUAUAUUGAAAUGUCUGUUACAUUGAAGUCACUUAUAUUGAACUAUCUGUGUUCGUUACACUGACUUAACUUGAUAUUGAAGUAAAAUAAAUCGCCAUAUUUACAUAGCUUAACAGCAGGUACAUGUAUAUUGGACUUUGAGUAUAAAGUCCUCUGAAUUAAAUAUAUCAGCCAUUGAUUACAUUUUUGUUGGUAAAGUUGUGCGCUUUAUAAAUUUUAAUAAUAGUAGAUAAUAAUGAUAGAUAAUAACAAUAAUAUAUCCGGGGAAGACUGUACAUUAUUUGUCAAUGAAUGUUCCAUCCCCAUUACUCUAGAAAACGUUAAAUGCUACAAAAAUUGUGUAUUCUAUCACCAAAUCAAUAAGAUAUAAUUCAUGACUCGAACAGGAAUACUGUGAUAUAUGUAUAUAAGUGUAGAUGGUUGUUAUAUGUUUUGUUGUUGUAUAGAUAUAUUAGAAUCUGAUGAAUAAAUGUACAUACAUGUAAAUAUG